AUGGAUUGGAGCCACUCAAAAUACAAAUUAACAUUCAUUCUGAAAAACAUUGCUAUCCAAGAUCAGGCAACGUACGGAGUGAAUGUUGACCAUGGCUUGAGUCGGCUGCCGCUCAAGGAUUCUGUGAUUGUUAUCAUACCAGGACUCUCUUACGUGGUUCAAAAUGGCAGCUCGAUUGUCCGUAAAGGUAAGACAAAUUAAUCCAGAGGUAUCCUUAACCCUAUUUUUUUUAUAACUAGUAGCGAAAUGUAGACUUCAAAAUUCUAAUAUUCUACCUUUUUUUUUAGAGUCAGCCUACAUGAUGGAACCUUUUGAACUAUCGUUUACAAGAUCAGACCACGACCGAACUGCUGACCGUUUUAAGUACUCACUCAAAAAAGAUAACACAACCAUUUUCAUUAUUGGAAAGAACAGAGAAGAUAACAAAUUCAGUUGCUCUCAUUAUGUUUCUCAAAAACCCACACCCUGUUCUGAUGAUUCCUUCUCAGUGAACGAAACUUACGUUUCUUUCAAACAAAGAAAUGUUACUCUUCAAGAUGCUGGUCGAUACCUCUGUAUAAAGUAUUCAUCUGGGCUCUACAAUACAACAUUCGAGGAAAUCGAUCUUAAUGUACUAGGUAACGUAUGCAAGUAUGUUUUAAUGAUUUACUGACACUAGGGCCAGGCUAGCUUUAACCAGAACUGAAUUUAGGAAAGACCAUUAAUUUUCUUUCAUACUACAGUUUGAUAUUUGAUGAUUACUUGCUCAUCUUAAUCCGGGAUAUUUUUAGCUGCUCUUUAUGCAACCCUUCGAAGUUUCUAGUUGGCCUGAAAAUCAGUUUACCUUGGUAAAUUUCCAGUGUACUGAUUCGAAAUUGUCAUUAAUCUUUUCCAUCUGCUUUUAUGCCUUCUACUAGAGAGACCAACCGUAACUCCCAGCGCAAAGAGUAGUUAUUCUGGUAAGUAUCAAUUGUAAACCCUAUCAGUAAAGGAGUCCAAAAAGUGAGUUGAUAGGAAAUUAGAGUAUGAUGACGUUGAGUCAUAAUACAAAGUAUGCACAGUUAGUGAGCACGGUUAAGUGUAGAGUAGUUUUGUAAAGCAGUAAAUGCAUCGCCUUCGAGCAGGCCCUUAUCAUCAACGCUUCGGAACGAGCUCGUGGAAACUAAGAGGCUUUGAGCUACGCGAAACGACGGGAGGUCUGUGAGGGAUCCAGACUCCCAGCAAAAUUUUCCCCGAAUCGUCUCGCAGCUUUCCGCGGGCGGACUUCGGAGGAAGAAUAGGGCUGAAAUUGCAUGGAGUGGUUAAGUCAGUUUUAAAAAUGAUUGUGGAGUGAAAUGUACAAAGUUGAGCUCAGUGUACUGUAGAUGGUGUUCAAGGGGAAUGAAGUACUAGGAGAGUCUCAGCUACAGUGGCCUUGCGUGGGAUUGGCUUGUUGUAGUCUGUACUAGUGCAUCGUACAAUUAAGCUAGCUUGUUUUUUGGUGAGACAGUGUUUUAUUGGUGAGGAAAGGGUAACCUAACCUGAUUGCACUUAACUCAAGCCCUACAGAAAGGGUUUCUUCAGGUGAAAAGGUGUAUGUGAUGUGGAAAUGCUCAAGAAGAAUAAUAAUACUUAGCGUCUGAACCAAAAAAGCUCUUCUUGUGAGGCAAAUUAGCACGCUGUUAAUUAUACAGUGUUCCUGGCUUUAAUUUGUUCUAAAUGUAAAAUGAAAAUAAAAGUAACAUAAUUAUAAUAUAAUUAUGAAUUCAUCCCACUCAAAGCCUUGACUGACGGCAGGUUUCACACAGCCAGAAUCUGAUAAGUCUUGUGCGACUCUUUUUCUUUUUUUUUACUUACUAUAGUAUGCAUGCUACAGACUUCAUAUUUUUAUUACGGCAGGUAAACCAAAUUCAACGCAGGCUACAACAGUUACAACCAAUACAAGUCCUAAAGGUAAAAAGGCAUCAUUCAUGAGCUGGGAUGAAAAAUUAGGGAUUAAAUUUUGGUACCUAAUGGUUAACAAAAAGAUGGAGUGUGAAGCUAGCUCCAUCAUAUUGGGUAUAAAAGUAAUUCAGUUCAUCUGCAAAUUGAUUCACACGUUUAGUUUCACUUAGUUUACUACUAAGCCACUACACAACAUGAGGCAGCUACAUGUACAUCAUAGAUCAAUUAUCUACACUCAGGUACUGUUAGCAAUUUUUUCUUCCAAUAGACAUUACACAAGUCAAAUUUUGGGUUCUUGUAUUCAAAAGAUAUAUAGAUUUCUUAAGAAUGAUGCUUUUAAAUUGGAAAAUCCAUCCAUUUGUCAGUCACUCAGUCCGUCAGUAAACACAAGCAUGAAUUAUGCUUAUUGAUUAAGCUGAAAGUUCAUCUGGAAUGCAUUUCUUUUGUGUAAAUUAACCAAGUUUAAUAAUCUCAAUUAUUACUUCUCCUCAAUCAUAAAUUGAACUUGUCAUUGUUUAACUUUUCUAUUUUUCUUUUGUAUGUACAGGUAGCACAAAUCCUGCCGUCAUCGCAGGGGUAGUUUUUGCUGCAGUCAUAGUCGUCUUUAUUAGUUUAGUGGUUUUUUGUGUGCACCCUGGUUUCAGGACGCGCAUAUCAAGAUGCUGUCAAGUUGCGUAUACUAGAACACGGAGUGACUCAUCCUAAAUAAACUUUUCAAAUUGAAUGUCUUGUGUAUGUGGUCAGAAUAAAUAUUUCUUUUUAAGGAAAAUGCAAAUGCUGUUAUACAGUGUCAAUUAUCAGGUGCAUGGAAGUCAUUAUCCUUGUGCUAAUUAUAAGUUUGAUGUAAUUAGACUAAAUAUGGCUUUUUUUAAUCUAAAAUAUACACUCAGAUAACUUUUAUAACAAUUAGGAGAAGUAUUGUUAGCAGGAGACAUUUUUAUGGUUGUGAUAAUGUAAUAAAUGUUUUCCUUUUUUGUUUGUGG